UACAGCAAUGGACUCGAGAUUGAUUGUCUUGUGGAUGCUCCUGUCAUCCUCCUGCACUGGAAUCCAACUGGAGGGAAAUGGAUACACUGAUAUUGUGGUUGCAAUCAGUUCAGGAGUACCACAGGACAACGCACUCAUUGAAAGAAUAAAGGACAUGUUCACUGAAGGUUCGAUGCAUCUGUUUGAAGCAAUGGACAACAUGGUCUAUUUUAGAAAUGUUACAAUACUAGUUCCACCUCAUUGGAGCAGUAAGGAUUUUACCAAAGCCACAACAGAAUCCUACGAGAAGGCUGGCAUAAGAAUUGAUAAAGCUAAUCCAGGAUAUGGUGAUGCUCCGUACACAAAGCAGUAUGAAGAUUGUGGAUCGGAGAAUGAGUACAUUCACUUUACUCCAGACUUUUUCCUAAAUGAUGAUCACUUCUACGGUUCUAGAGGAAGGGUCUUGGUGCAUGAAUGGGCUCAUCUGAGAUGGGGGGUCUACAAUGAUUACAAUGAAGAAAAUCCAUUCAAUUUUUCUAAUGGAGUUCAGGCUACAAGAUGUAGCAAACACAUCGCGGGCCAGCAAUCAGAGGAAGUUGCUUUUUGCAGAGAAAAUGAGCACAAUGCUGCAGCCCCAAACCUACAAAAUGAGAAAUGUGGUAACAGAGCUACAUGGUUAGUGAUAUUUGAGGAUUCUGUGGACAGCGCUGCCAUUCAAUCUCUGCAACCGCUGCAAUCUGCUCCACCAGCACCAACUUUCACUGUUGUACAGAGAAUGAAGCGUGUCGUUUGUCUCAUCCUUGAUGUCUCGGGAAGCAUGGAGUGCACAAUGUUUGAAAAACGCUUUGGAAAAGGGAGUUGGGCCGACUACCAAAACACACUUGUAGCCAAUCAGCAAGAAUUGCUGGGCAAACUACUCGACCGUCUCGCCAAACAGGCCGGUCUGGGAAACAGGAGCAUUCAGGAGCCGGGUCUUAUCAGCAUCCUUCAUGUCCGCCAGACACAGCCAGAGAUGGCGUUCCUGGACUACCAGGGCGUUGUAAGCAGCACCGGUCAGCGCCGAAGACUCAGGGAGGCGAUCGACACGGGGAAAGCUCCUUUUUGCCUAGGGCAGAUUAAAGACACGCACCUUUUGAAGAGCCCGAAGGCUCUGUUGAUCCGGGUAUACGCUGGAAGCGAGCGGAAAGAGGACAGAGCCACAGGAGGCGAAAGAAAGGCUGAAGCUGGCGUGGCUGUGUGGGACGAAGUAAACCAUAGUGGCUGGAAGACGAUCGGAGGCUACUGGGAACUGAAACGAAACCAAAGGAGAAGCAGAGUUAGCGUGAGUGUUUGCUAUAGUGAAGAUAUUGUGAUACAAGUGAAACUGCUGUGCAACCCUGUUGGGGGAAGAAACGCUUUGUUCUGUGAGGCUGGAAGAAAUCGCCUGUGUGUAUCAAAAAAGGAGAGCAUCAGAGAAGAUCUUACAGUGACUGGCGCUAGGAUUCUUCGACAGCGGCAAGCCGCCACACAUUUCCUGCAGUACAUCAUUGAAGAUCAAGCCUAUGUGGGAAUCGUAACCUUUAGCGAUGAAGCUUCCAUUCUUAAAAAAUUGACUCAUAUUGACAAUGAUACCACAAGAAAGGAGCUGAUCGAAUCAUUGCCAACCAUAGCAGACGGGUGGACAUACAUCUGUAAAGGCCUCAGUAAAGGCUUAGAGGUACUUAGAGAGGACAAUUUGGAUGCAUUAGGAGAUGAAAUCAUUUUUCUCACUGAUGGUGAGGCGUCGGACAACCUCACUACUUGUGUUCCAAGUGCAAUACAAAAUGGUGCCAUUAUACACACAAUAGCUUUGGGUACAUCCGCUGCCCAGGCUCUGAGGCACAUGGCAGACAAGACUGGAGGGAAAUUUAUCAUAGCCACUGAUGAUUUAAUCUCCAAUAUGUUAGUGGAUGCAUUUGCUUCACUUACAAUACCAACUGGAGACUACACAAAAGAACCAGUUCAGCUUGAAAGUGUUGGAAUAAAAACAGCUGGCUGGUUUAAUGGAACUGUAUCAGUGGAUCCGACUGUUGGAAACAAAACCAGCUUUUUAAUCAUAUAUGAAACCAGUUUACCUACUGGUUACAUACAGUCGCCAAGUGGGUACAUCUACAGUUUGGGAGAUAUGAUUUCAGAUACAACAGCAAAGACAAUCACGUUAAAAAUUCCAGGAACUGCAGAGGCUGGUGACUGGAAGUACAGUAUUCUGAGUGGAAGAUCUCAGUCUUUGACUAUAACCUCAACCAGCCAAGCAGCACAUGCUGAUGUUCCUCCUAUCAUUGUCAAAGCCCAUGUGAACCAGCAGUUUAGUGACGGCAGUAAACCCAUGAUUGUGUUUGCUGAAGUUAGUCAGAAUUACAGAUCUAUAGUUAAUGCUGAGGUGUGGGCCACACUGGAGCCUGAAACUGGGGCCCCAGAGAUAAUACAACUCCUGGAUAAUGGAGCAGGAGCUGACGCUUUCAAAGAUGACGGCAUCUAUUCCAGAUAUUUCACAAAGUUAGUGAAGGGUAGAAGCAGCUUGAAAGUGCGAGUGAGGAAUAAAGAUGGACAAGCCAGGUUUACUCUCCACAGGAAGAGUGGCGUGGUGAAUGAUAAAGUGAAGCUGAACCUGCCAAAGCUUCCAGUUAAUGAUCAACCACUUGUGGUAGAAAACUUUACCAGAACAGCCACUGGAGAAAGUUUUGAGGUGUCUUUCGUUUCAGGCACAGAACCACCAAAUUACCCCCCUAACAAAAUCACAGAUCUUAAAGCUGAAAUCAAGGAUGACACUGUACUUCUCAUCUGGACGGCUCCAGGGGAGGAUCUUGACCUGGGAACAGCUAAAUCCUACGAGAUCAGAUGGAGCAAUGACCAUGAAAUGCUUCGUCUGAACUUCAGCGAUGCUUUUUUAAUCAACACAUCUGCAGUCUCACCUCAAGAGUCUGGAUCAGUUGAACAACAUUCAUUUAACAUGAUAAUCCAAAAUGGUGCCACAAUCUUCUUUGCUAUUCGGUCUGAAGACAAAGAUGCUGUGAAAUCUAAAAUAUCCAACAUUGUUCAGGUCACAAAGAUCCUGCCUGCUCCAGGCCUGAAUUUUAUAACCAUUAUCGUUUUUGUUUGUGUGGCAACUAUAUCUGUAUGUUUUUGUUUUUGUGUAGUUGUAAAACGAAGACGUUAAUUCCCUAAAAAAAAUAUUACUUAUUUAACAGAUUCUUUUGUCCAAAGUUAAUGCAAACAAAGUUAAUGCAAACAAAUGCCAAAAACAGUAUA